AUGAACCCUAUUCCCCCCGACUGGGCCUUGGCCACAACCCAUAUUGCUAGCGAAUAUGUCUCUCAUCAGUUCUCCGCUUUGGUAUCAGGACAGCCGAAUGUCCUUCCUCCCCUCGAGCUUGAUUUUGUCAUGCUCAUGGGAUGCUCCAAACUUGCUAGCACCCUCGCCGACGCCUAUCGUAAUCCAGUUACAAUAAACUUCGAUGUUGCCAGGUAUGCAGAUGCGCUGCAGAUGAUGGAGACCGGCACAAAACCCGAUCGUGAAGAAAACUUGCUUUCCCGAUAUCCGCCGGACCGUCAAAUCCUCCUCGAUCGGCCUGCAGUUGUCUGCGAUAAGUUCGGUAUAAUCAUCCUAUGGUAUCUCCCUGGAGCUAUCGAUAUAGACAUACAGAAUGACAUGGUGGCGGCGACUGCAAAUAUGUCGGCCCUGCUGGCUGCAAGUGUCACACGCGGUACAGAAACCGGCGGUAAAUGGAGGACCCACGAAUCCAACUUUGAGCCCAGUCAGCAAGGUCUCACCCCGGGGUGCAUUAACCUGUCUCCGGCAUGGUUUUUGCAAGCCCAUCCGGCUCCCAAGUUUCAUCCGCAGGUCUCGGCGACUCUGAAACGGGAUGGAAGCUCUUUGUGUCAGGCAAUGCAGAGACCGGCGGCACUCAUUGCCGCCGCCUUGAGAGUCAUGCACCCUGACCUCUAUCGGGCAUCAUUAGCAACACAGCUGGCCCUUGGCCUCUGGGCAGCAGACACGAAAUUGGAUGAAAUGGGUGCUCGCCUCAGAGAAUGGGCAUCAGUAUUUACAGCUGUCGCCAUUGUAUGCAACCGGCGCUCACCCUUGCACCGGGAUCCUUUGUCCCGUCCCCAAUCGUUCGAUGUCAUGACUAGCGUCGGCAAUUAUGGACCGGCAAGGAUGAAGAUGCCGAAUAUAGGGCUUGAAAUUGUUUAUGGUCCAGGCGCCAUGGCUGCUGGUUCAGGGAGAAUUGUCAGGCAUGGGGUGGAUAUGGACGCCGGCCGAAUAGCCUGGGUGUGGUAUAUGAGGGAUGAUGUACACGAGUUUGUAGAUAUCCCCCGAGCUGACUACUCACGGUACCAGCUCAAUAAUGUACAUAGCAAACCAAUAGUUGCCAAUACAUACAGAUUACUGAAGGUUGCCGGCUUUGACUAUGGGAUAUGCCCAGAAAGACCACUCUCCUCACUGAUUGCCGCCCUCAAAUAUUUGCCACUGCAACAUGCUGUUGGUGAUACCGGAAUGGCGGUCAUAAAUGCUCUCGGCGGUCCCAACGCCCAUAUGUCUGCGGUCUGCUGCGCGUUCAAGGAGUUUUUUUUGCAGGAUGGCUGUGACCUUAUGCGGCCCUGGGGGGCAAACAGGUACUUGGGGAUAUCAGAUGUCGAAGCAGUGUCGGACACGACAGUGACACAGGAGAUACUGUUCAUUACCUUUCUGCCCUUCCCACAACCCCUACCAGGUGUGACGCUUAUUGGUCCUACCAGUGUCGAAGAGGAGCCUGAGCUAGAUGAUGAUGUCCUUACUCUGGAGGAAGCCCUUACUCAUGGUGUUGAAUUCGGAAGCCCGAACAUUGACCUUACCAUUCCAUCGACCUCACGUCCUGAUACUCCAGCUCUUGUUAGCGGCCCUGGGAUUAAUCCAGACGAUUACCUUCUUGUCCAUGGGAAGUACAUCCACAAGGAAACGAUCUGUCGACGGGUGCUCAAUAAGUAUUUCAUUAUGAAGUCUCUCAAUAGACAGGAGCGAGUUUAUAGCAUCGGUUUCACAAAGGUUAAUCAGCGACAUGAGCUCCCAGGGAGGUCUAUCACCGGUGGUGAUACAUUCAUCAUUGGCGAUGUUUUCCUCACAAUCAUCCGCAUCAACCUCUUGCUCACUAUUGCACUUGUGCAUUCCACAUCAAUCGAACACCACAGUAUUACACGCCAUCAUAUCCUUGUCUCGAAUGUUCACACCCCCAACAUUAAAAUCACUGGCCAAAUUCUCACAUUGAUCCCUACGCACCAACCUAUUGAUCAGCGCUCCUGGCUCUGGAUGGGGAAUUAUGUCACAACGAACUCGGAGAUUCAAGGCACCACGCAAACCACGGAAAAGGUUGUUGAAAUCACAGUGCCGGGAUGUCUGGUAGAACUCAUUAACCCCGGGACAAUGUGCAUUCAUAUGCGGGCUGACAUCAAUUCCGACAAGUUUUUUGCAUUGAAUAACCUCGGGAACACGUGGAUCAUCAAAGAGUCGGCUCUUUCUCUUGCAUGUGACACUCUUUGGCGCACCGCCUGCGAGCAUUCAAUUCCUAUCAAAAACAUUCUCUGUGUCCCUACCCCUUCCGAUCCUUCUACGUUUCCUUAUGCUCUUCCUGAUGGCUCCGCAGGUAUCUUUUGCAUUGAAGCAAGUCAGCAGCUUGCCGCUGCAGAAUCGGGACCUCUGGAGGACUGUCCGCUAUGUGGUGCGAAGACCGACUCAAUGCGAGUGCACGUCGGUCUGCAUAUCUUGCGGGCAUCUAACAGCAUCAACAAGACUCUAAAGGAGCAGGUUGGUCUCAUAUACCCUUGUGGAUUCUGUGGCCGAUCCGGUCAUGACAAGUGCAAGAUUCAAAUCAAGACCUUGAAUAAGGGCGGUGUAUCACUCGAAACACACUGCCCUUACCAUCAUUGUGAACUCUGCCAUCCAUCACUAACACCUGUCACUGGGAAAAAGUCUCAAGCUGAAUCAGUAUUUGUGGACACUAUCUGGCGCUACAAUAUGAUUCAGCAUCUUGAUGAUGUUCACCCGCAGUACUCGCACCCUAAGAAUCCCAAUGGUCACCCUUUGCCACUCGACAUCCUCAAUACAUUCACGCUGACAAGCCUCGAGCAAUGUGACGCCGGCAUUCCUGAGAUGCAGUGGCUCAAGCCUGUUUUCGAUGAUGAUAAAGAGAAUUACCCUGGACCAAGCACCCACAAGCGCAGGACUAAUAACGCCGGUGGCACAAAUGUGAAGAAAGCUCGUAAAUCCAUAUAG